AUGUUCAGAAGUAUUAUCCCAACUACGGUUGGCUUGAAUAAUUCCAAGUACGUCCAUGCGAACAUCGAUGAGGAAUACGAUUUGUUCGGAUCAAACGACAGCGGGGUGAAGGAAGGAAACAAAAGAAAUGAUGAAGGUACGUCGUCAAAACAUAUUCUAAAUGCAUCCAAUUCGUACAACAUAAAAAUUAACCACCUGGAGAACUGCAAAACGCCGGAAGAACUAGCACUGAAAAUCUUAAAAUCGCAAAAUUUUCAAAAUAAAAGAAAAUAUACAAAUGAAAAUCAUCCCCUGUGUGAAAAAAAGAAAAAAAAAAAUGAACACGGAAAUAAUGAACGAAUCAUUUACUCUAAAAAUGCAUGUCCCCAUGGGAGAUAUUCCUCGUCAUCAUCAUUGGGAAGACAAACUACUCAGAGCUGCAAUUUUGGGAACUUCAGAUUUUAUAGGGGUCCCCCUGAUGGUUAUAUGUACAAUGGUGAGAAUUACUCCUCUGAGAGAAGAUUGGACAUGGACGUGCUUCCACUCAGGCACUCUUCCAACUUCCACGGUUUUGUGGACAACUCUAACCGGUUAAGUGGCACGUAUAGGAAUCAGCAAACAGGAUUCUCCAACAUCCACUGGUGCCACAACAGAUGCCAAGAAAUGAAGAGUGAACCUGCCUUCCUUACUAGUUGCAACCACAUCGAUCAAAGGGUAAUAAACGAAGUGGACAAAAUGAAGUUAGCUUAUAAGUACCAGUUUACCAGGUUGAAGAAGUUCGAGAAAACUGGAAUACCCCCUGGUAGGAGCAACAUCUUUGGUGAACCCCCCCGCGGGGUGUCAAACGGAAUGGGAGAAGCUUACAGGGGGGAAGCUUACCCGGAAGGAGCUCAUGCUAACGCCAUUGAUGUGGAGGUGGUAUAUGAGCACCUGUCCCGUUACAACCCGCCAAAAGUACAGCCGACUGAGAAGGAACCCCUAAAGAAGCCCCCACUCGAUGACGCAACAUUGCGAGAUCUCCCGCAAUCACUACCUACCAAGGAUGCACAAGGAAAAGGAAAACACACCUAUGAGGACCCCCCAUAUGGUAUAAUCCAUCAUGUCAAAUGUGAAGGCGAUAAAAAGAGUAACCCACUUAGCGUAUUAGCAGACGAAGAUGAAGGGGAUGAAAAUGGCAAUCCAUCACAGGGAGGAAAACCCAUUUCAGAUAUGCCUGACAAGAACAGCGUACGAAAAAAAAAAUCUGGAGAAAUAACCCAGUGGAGGGAACCCACGCAGGUGGAAAGGACCGCAGAAAGUCCCAAUGAGGUGGGCAAAAUGGAUGACAUGCAGAUAAAGGAGAUGGAAGCGAAAUGGUUAGAGGCGCCACAUGUCGAAAGUGGGCAGAAGUUGGAAGGGGGCAUAGAGGCAGACGUAGAAUCGGGUUCAGAAUCAGGUGCAGAAGCGGACGUAGAGAUGGGUGCAGAUGAAGAAGCAGACGUAGAAGCGGGUGAAGAAGCGGACGUAGAGAUGGGUGCAGACGAAGAAGCAGACGUAGAGGCGGGUGCAGAAGCGGACGUAGACGCGGAGAGGGAAUCGCCUCAACCGGAUGACCCAAACGAGGAAGCCAACAGGUGCAUCAAAAACGACUUGGAGCAAAACAACCAAAUGAUGGUGAACCAUGAUUGUGACGUUUCUAUUCAGCCCAGAGAGAAUAACAGAAGGUGGCCCCAACUGGAACAGCACAUGGACUCCUUCCUAAGUAUCAACUCAAGCGACAUAAACAAAAAUAAAAAGAUGAAACGAAUAGUGACCUGUCUAGAGGGAUGCCUCAAAAAUGAUAAGCACAUGGUUUACGAUGAAGGAAGUAAAGUCGAACUCGUGUUUGAAAAGAUUUUUGCAAAUGUGAAGGAAUUUCUCAGUAAGGAGAUCUGUUACAGAAGGGGUCGGAAAAGGGACAUGGAGUCGUCUGUUGAAGGGGAAAGGACAGGAGAAAGCAGACAUGCCCAAGGGACUGGCACCUACAGUAACGUGGAGGAAGACUACCGCACGGAGGACGAACGGGAGGAGAUUUCCCAAAGCGGAAGUGACCCCCCGAAAGACGCUGGUGAAGCGGAUGAGACAGUACGCGCGAAGGAAAGUGCCCCCAGAAGUAGAAGCAAGGGUAGUAGUAAAGGUCGUAGUAAGGCUGGCACAAAAAAUGCACCACAUACUGAUCCACAUAGUAGCGCACAGAAUGGCGGGAAACAACACAGCGCGAACAACUCACGAAUCGCCAAGCAGCCAAACGAAGCCGUCAUGUGCGACCUCAUAUACGGACACUACAACAUCUUGCUGUAUGUGAUUCUGCUCAAUUUCGAGUGCUUCAAAAAAUAUGUAGACACAGAGCAACUAAACGAACAGGUCCUGAUAAACCUAAAGAUCAACUUUAAAAAUGUUGUCCUCAAGUUAUGUCACUGCGAAAUCAGAAAUCGAGUCAUUCAGUUCUACCAUGUGCAUGAGACCUACCUAGUACAGCUAAACUGGGUUUAUGAAAAGUGCCUCCUCUAUAUUUCCGAUUUCUAUAUGUACAUAGAGGAGUAUGACACUAUCCUGGUUAACCUUCUUGAUCUGUGCACCCUCACCCUCCAAACGAAUUACAAUGUGCAGAACAUUAUUUUGAACUCAUGCAAUUUGUUGUUAAGGCUUUUUAGAAAUAAGAGUCGAAAAAAAAUGAAGAAAUAUGUCCUGGACGACGUUCUGUCAAAUAUAAACAACGUCAACUUUAGGUACAACAAAUUGAACUUCCGAAAUAGCCACGUGAACUCUACAUACAUACACCUGACUACCUUCCUGCUUAUUAAAAUUGCAGAUUCGUUUUCUCACUAUGAGGGUGAUUUGAAGAGGAAAUAUUUUCUGGGCCACCAUCCGGGAGGGGGACGCAAGGGCACAUCAGCGGCGAGGAGGAUCCACGACGACUCCAACAGUGAGACGGACAACGAUGAUGAUGAGUACUAUGCGGAAAAGCUCCCCAAGAAAGUGCGCAACGGAAGCAGACGCAACGAUGGAAGCAGGCGAAACGAUGGAAGCAGGCGAAACGAUGGAAGCAGGCGAAACGAUGGAAGCCGUCACAAUACUGGGCACACUCGCAACGCCCGCAAUGCCCGUGGAAGGGAGGACGCUGGGCAGUCUGACCAAUCGCGCAGCCUAAGCAUCUUCACAAGCGAGGACGAAGGUAGCAGCACCUCCAGUGGGGACCCCCCAAAAGACAGUCAAACAAAGGGAACAAAAAAAAAACGCACCACUGGUAACGAACCCCCCAGGCAGUACCAAAUGAAUGCAAAAGAGGGAAAAACAAAAUACUCGUUAAGGAAAAGAAAAACAACAAAGGAUUACCCCCACGAUUAUGAUCAUGCGAGUAGUACACAUGAAUACGAAUCGGACAAGAAAGACAAAAGAAUAGAAACAAAUGUUAGUAGUAAGAAAAAAAAAAAAAAAAAACACAUUUUAACAAUGCAGAAAAAGGGCAACACCAAGGGUGCGAAAAACAACGGAGAAAAGAAAAUCAACCAGAUAAUGAGCACAACCUCAGGAAGGGAAGAAGACCCGUCGGAGGAAUCCCUGAACCAGUACAUGAUGAGGAAGAACUUCAAGAGGCUAAACAGUGUAGUCAAUUAUAUACUAAUAGAGAUUAUCGAAAAAACUCUCUACCAGGACAACAAAAAUGCGAAAACCAUUUUGCAGUCCCUCAUUCUGGACCUAAUAAAAUGCUGCGACAAUCCCCUAUUCAGCAUAAGUACACUGUUUGUGAAAAAUUCUAUUCACAUAUUCUUUGAUGUCAUUAACAAGAGACAUGAAGGCAAUGUAAAAGAGACUUGUCUCUUUAUAUUAAGAUACAUUUUGAAGUAUACAUUUAAUGUAUACAACUAUGUGAAUGACGCUUGCUUCCAUUUAUUGUACAAUUUGAACCAGGAGCUGUGCCAGAAUAAGUUUAUAAAGCCGCUCUUUCGAUUGGACGGUUUUAAGGAAGCCAAGGAGGGACUCGCAACCCACAGUUGCAUCACGGGGGGAGAAAUUUCGGGAAAAAAAAAAAAAAACACAAAGGGGAAGAAAGGGCCAAAGGAGGAGGUUGCCGAGGAAGCGGCAAAAAAGGAACUACUUAGUACCAAUCGAGGCGAACGUCUCCCCGGAGAAAUGAUGAAACUCCUCAGGUGCUGCGACGAGAUGCAAAAAAACGAUCAACUUCUCCGGUGCCGACAGUGUGAAUCGUUUUAUCACAAGACAUGCAUUUACAAAGACGCGAAGAAGAUGAGCACGCAGAGGGACAUUCCCCAGGAGGAUACCACCUGGAGGUACAACAGCCUCUGUAAAACAGGAAGAGAUAACCAAACAAACAGCGAGAAAGAAAACAGCCAGUGGAACGGCGAUAAAAAGCACAGUCAAUGGGAAAGCCUCGACCAGGACACCACGAAACAGAUCGAAAAACUUCUGCACUGUUCCAACGUAGCAGAAUACAACUGUGAUAACUGCAAAGUGAGAAACAUCAUCAAAGGCAUUAUAAUCAGAGAGGCGCAAGGGAACGACACCUUUCUGAAUAGCAAAUUUAGGAAGAAGAAAGAAAAGAAUAAGGGUUUCUACUGUUUUGAAAAAUUUGUGAAUAAACUGAAAGCCUUCGUCGUAUAUUACUACUACCUCAUGGUACACCUCAAAUGUGACAAGGUCAUUGAAGGCAUAGACAAAAACUGCAAUCAUGUGUACUCUUACAUACUCAUCCUGUAUAAUGAUUUUUUGUGCGUCGAUGGGGAUCCAGAGGAGGGAACGACGAAGUGGAUCACGGGCGAAAAGGAGGAGAAGAAGAUGAAGAAGGUACUCCCUCCAAUGAAGGGUACCUCUUCUCAGAUAGGUGCCGCUCCCCUGAAUGGGAACAAAUCCACCCGCGUGAGUAAAUUCACCCAGAUGCUGUGCCACGAAUACAGAAAUGCCGACAGAAAGGACGACGAGGCCCUGACCAAGUGCACCUGCGCACACAACUUUGACAUUUAUAUCAACAUCGUAUGGAGGAUUCACCUCUACUUCUCCUUUUACGAUUAUUUCUUCGUAGCCCUCAAUCAGCUCUUCUACAUACUCUACGAAAACGGAAACAAGAAUCUCAGGUACUACAGCAUUUCCAUAAUCAACAAUAUUAUAAGUGAUAACUAUCUGUACCUGAAGUGCAAGCACACGCAAAACAUUUUGAUGUCCUGCUUGACGGAUAAUUAUCUAAAGGUCAGAGAAUACACACUGUACAUAUAUUACAACUUCUGCAAAAAUUUUCUGGAGGUAGAAAAUCUGUCCGAUCGGUGCCAACUGAUCGGCGGAAUAACGAAGCAUCCGCUAAGUAGUACCCACACUAAGGCUGUCGAAACGGAGUACAGUCCGACUGCUACUAACGAGGAGAAAAAUGAACUCAACGAAAAGAAGGAAAUAAUCAAUCAUUACAACCGUAACCAACCCAUCGAUCUGAACCAAUACAUCACAAACGAGAUUGUCGACUCCAUUAGGCGUUGCUCAAAGGACAUAAAAAUCAGCAUUCGAAUUGUCAGCGUGAAGAUUUUAAAAUAUAUCGUGUAUUUUAACGUCUACGCGAAGAGGUACUCUCAGGGAGGGGCAGAAGCAGCCAGCGAACAGGACCAUGGCGAGGAGGAGGAGCACAAGGAUCAUAAGAAUCACGAACAGCAGCAGGCCGAUGAGCAGCACCACGCAGAUGAGUACCACGUAAACGGAGAGGACCGCCGCCACACCAGCCAAAGCGACUGCAUCCACGACAACCUCUCUAUCAUGAACGACCUGAUCGAACGGUACGUGUCCACCUUCGACAACGAAACGAUGAAGAGCGCCGUCCUCGAAAUAUUCAUCGACAUUUUCUUCAUUAACAUAUUCACGCAAGCGAAGCGGAAGAUGGAGAAAAGGGAAGGUACCCCAGAAGUAGAGGUAGACCCCUACCAGCAUGGACAGGCCCAUGGGGAGUACCCAAACGCGCAACAUGGUAGAGGAUACGAAUCGGAAGAAAGCCAAUCAGUAGUGGGCAUGGAACAGGAUUCCACGGUGCAAAUAAGGAUUGAAAAAAAUAUGUACACUCUCUUUAUUCAUCUUCUUUACGUAAUGAAAAACAAGCACAACAUAAACAUCGUCAGUAAGAUGCUUUCCCACAUGGAGAAGAACGUAAGGAUGUAUGACGAGAGGUUGGACUCAGUUCUGUGCUUUCUGAGCGAACAAGACAAGGAGGGGAUGCGAGCGGGGGGGAAUCCCCACAGCGCCGCCCAUAGGAGCGGUGCCUCGGGUAGCUACAAACUCGCGCCAAAAAGUGGCUACAAAAGUGGCUACAAAAAUGGGUGCAAAAAUGGACACAAACGUGGAGGCAAUUUACCCACCCAAGGAGCCUGCUGGACAGGAAAAGGAAAAACCACGAACCAUCUAAUAAGCAAAAAAAAUGCGGACGUUUCGAUGGAUGAGUCCGACGAACAAGACCCCCCCGAAGACGGAGAAACAGGCCUGGGGCAGACCAAACAACAAAGCAACCUGCUCAAAAUUAAAAACAGCAUAUACAACAUAUACCUAAGCAACUCAUACAAAUACCUAGAAAUCUUGACGAAAAAAAAGGUGAAAUAUGUGCUAGAAGUCUGGAUCCAUAAUUUAAUUUGUCUCUUCAUUAGAAGUAGAAGAAAUAGUUCCCUCGAAAAGGAGACCAAAAAAAUUAUAAACAUAUUUAACAUUAUAAUCGAAAUUAUGCCGAGUCUAUUUAUCAGAUAUAUGGAUUUUUUUUAUCCAUACAUUUAUAACAACGAUGUGUCCAAGGAUGUGUGCGAGCUGUUAUCAUCGAUUAUUCCGCACUGUAAGUUGGACCUGAAUUUAAAGUUCCAGUUUAAGAGGGUGCACUUCAACAACGCUUUGCUUUACCAUCAGAAUAUUUUCAUUUCGAGGUCGUACGUCCAGCUGCUCUGCACUCUACACACGUAUAUCUUUUCCAACUUUGUUUAUUUCAAGACGUAUAUCCAAGAGUGCCUUAUAAAGCUACACAAAUACAAGUUGUGCUUCCUAAUAAAUAAUUACGUCGUGCAGCUCAACGACUUCGUGCGCGAGUUUCAGUUUAUGACUGAGGAGGAGAAACAGCGCGUGCGCGGGAAACUUUGCCGCGCCUAUUCUAAGACAGCAGAGAUUAACGGCCCAGAGGAGGGAAACCUACAAAAGGAAGAAAACCACCCCGACCACUUCUUCACCUGCAAUCUCAUCGAUGUGCCCUACGAAGAAUUUGUGAAUCACCUAGAUCAGUACAAAAAACAUAUCUUCGACAUUUUCUGCGUGACGCACACCGAUGUGCUAAAUUUAGAUAAACACGCGUGGCUCAUUUCGGUGAUGAUGGAAUUUAUCAACAUCAACAAGAUUAUUGUGAACGAUGUGUAUUCCGAAGGGGUGGACCGCCACACGCAUGUCUGGGUGGGCGACACCGAAGAGACAAACAGGGAAGAGCUCAAAAGUGGAAGCAAGAAGAACCACUGCAAUGGGGCGAAAGGGGGAGGAUCGAACCAAUACACCAGAAAGAAAGAGAAGCCAGAUCCCCUCAAAUCCGAUGACGAAAACCAAACGAAUAGUGUAAAAUAUAUCAAACUCUCCGACAUCGCAAGACGUGUGCAGAUAUACAGUCAAGGAAUUCUCUACUUUGAGUUCAUGUUCAAUAAGGAGGUCGAUUAUAUUAACAAAUGGAAUACUCUCAAACUGAAAAAUGAAAUAAUUACAGAAAUUGUUCAGAAAAAAAUUAACACUAAGAAGAUACAGAAGUUUGUCGAUAUAUGUAACUAUAAGUUUUAUGAUCUGUCUUUAAUUGUAGUCAAUCUAAUUGUAGACCUGUUCUACAUUUCGAAUGACAUAAAAUACAAAUGCUUUUUCCUCCUAUGCUUAAGUAAAAUACUCUCCAACUUUUACAACUCCCAUUUUAUGAAUGACCUAAAAUUGAGAAAUGUUUUUUUUUUUUGCAUAAAUUCGUUCAAUCCGAUUUUGCAGAAGAAUUUUCUAUACACGCUGCUUCAGCUUAUUAAGACAUACGAGCAGUUUCUUAACAACAAGGAUAAUUUGCUCCUCGCGCAAAGUAUCAAGAGGAGGAAAUGCGAAAGUGAAACCCAGGGUAGGAGAAUCAGUAUGCUUGUGUCCCCCAAGGAGCAACAACAUAGAACUACGAAAAAAGGGAAAAUGACCACCAGCAGGAGAGGAAACGCUAAUCAUAGCAACUGCGUAAAGGGGGAGAGUAAAACCACGGAAACUAUUAUCCGAAAUAGUGCAAUGGGUAACUGCCACCGGGUAAAACUUACAAAUGGGGAAGAAAACACCCUAUCGGAUACACCCGAAGAAGAGGGUGUAAACCAAAGUGAAGACAUACACAGAUUCCAUUUUGACCCUACCAAUAUAAGUAGUCAUGACGAACCAGGAAAGGGUAACCACCAAAAGGACAGAGUCAAAAGGGAGGCAACCCUGGAGGAGGAAAACACAGACGACCCACACAAAAGGAGCCACACCAAACGAGAAAAGGAAGCCAAUAAAGGCAUAAACAAACAAGAAGAAAAUACCAACUCCAUUUCGUACGAACCAAAUGACACACUACUGAUAAGUAAUGAACAAGUCGCAGGUAGCCCCAACUUGGGGAACGAAGAGGAUCGACACAAUAACGAUAUCAUACACGUCCUCCUGGUGGCCUCCCUAUUUGCUCAAAAAAUUAUCGACAUGCUGAGGGUUAACCGGUUUAUAUACAUAGACUGCUCCACAGAAGAACUUUACUUGAUUAAAAAUUUAGGAAUUCAGAUUUUGGGAAAUCUGUACAAAGAGGGAUUCAUCCAAGGGAUGAAAAUCUGCCCAAGUAUUUUCUGCCUCUGUUUCACUCCAGACAUGAAGUUAAAAUGUAGAAGUGAAAAAAUUAUUAACUGCAUUUUGGACAAAGAGAGUUACAAUUUUGUAAACAGCUUGGCGGAGUGCCUCCAUCAUAUGCUCUUCUACCUAAUUGAAAAUCACUACAUGUUUAGUAAUUUUGACAGGGGGGGCUUUAACCAGGAGAAAGACCGUCCAAUGAGGGACACUGCCCACUUCCUAACCGCAGACACACUCCUCUUUAACAAAAUGGAGCAACCCUUCUUCCAGUGCCUCCUAGAUAUUUACGACCGUUUAACCAAUAAAAAUUUAAAAAUGAAAUAUGUCAAAACGGUACUUAAAGAAAUCGAAAACGCCUGCCACCUAGUGCUGUAUGAUAAGGUUCGAAGCUUCAUACGGGAUGUGGGUUCCAAGUACAACGCCUCCACCUGGGGGGGAACACAUGGAGAGGGUACCAGUAGAGACGGCUCGAGGAGAGAUGGCUGCAACGUGAACGUCUCCGUUCGCAUCCCCCGUGUGAAAGAUAUAUACGCGCUCAUCGUCAGGAAGUACAUGCCCCAAAGUCGGUCGAGCGCCAAGAGCGGCCAGAUCAGCCAGAGCGAGGAUCCACGGGACAGUGGCUCGGAUUCGUCUUCCCCGAAGAGGGCCAUGAGAAGGACUGUAAAGGGGGCUAACAACGCGGGAAGCGGAGCAUCCAACGAAGAGGACCACUUCCAACUGGAGGAAAACAAGCCGCCCAAGUCUAGCGACAAGGCAAACAGCAAAAGGAUGAACAAGGACGAAGAGGCAUCCAGUUGCUCCAAUUCGAAAUCGAGCGAAAAAAUCAUCGAUGAAAACAUUUCCGACGUAGGAACCAGCUCAGAACAGAACAGCGACGAAAAAGACGUAAUCGAAAAAAUAAGGAAAAAAUACAACUACCUUGUGCACCACCAGAUGAAUGUAGACGAAUUUACCUAUAUUAACUACUUCCUUUUUUUAUAUAUUCAAAUUCUGACUUACCUUCUCUCCUACCUAAACUUCACGACAUAUAACGAAAUGGCACUACUAAUUCAUGACAUCAACAAGGUGUACUAUAUCAUUUCGUCCACUGUUAACAUCAGCUCGGAGGUGGACAGCCCCAAGUGCAACAACCACAGCUACUUCCACUCCAUCGAUGAACGCAUCCAAGAGCUCCCCCACGAAGAUGAAAUGAACCAUGAACGCGAAAGUGAAAAUUUCUCUAGGAUAAAUUUGAACCUUUGUAAAAUCAAGUGCUUCGCCAUGGUGCUGCUAAACACUUUGACUAACCACUUGGUGCGCCAUUACCAGGUGGAUACCUCCAGACUGAACGAACUGAUCGAAGAUGACAACGCAAAGGAAAACAAAAUAGAGGAAGAAGUCAGAGAAGAGAAAAAAAACAUCUUCAAUUAUUACGAAUACAUAUAUCAUUGCAUCGAAAUAUUUGUGGAAGACAACGCGGUCGUCAUGGAAAAGCACGCUAGACGCAGUUUAAACCUGCACAACUUGGGCGCGCAAAAUUUAAAUAGUGACUACAUAAAUGGGCUUAUGAAUGAUGGAAAAAACAAAAAAUUCGCGCAGAAAAAAAAACAUAGGGAAGUCUCAAGGCAAAGAAGAUUGACCCUGAAGAAAAAUCCCUAG